AUAAUGCAAAAUAUACAAACGUCUCAAAAUACGAAGUAUUUCUCUCACUUCUCACUUCUCUGCUAUUCCUCCGCGACUCCUCCUCGCUUCUCCGCUACUCCUCCUCCACUUCUUCACCAUUUCAAGAUACUGAAUUUGUGCCAAGAGAAGCAAUAGAUAGUUGCAAAAAGGUUUCGUUGCCACCACUUGAUGCCCCACAUCAGUUGCGGAAGCAUGAAUUGACUCCCUACCGAGAAGGUAGCAUCCAAAAGAAUACUCUUAUCAUUUGCAUGUCAGCAUCCAUUUGUUACAGGAGCAUCAGGAAGCACGCCCUUUUCUUCACACUUCCUUUAUGCUUCUCUGAGAGGAAAAGAAAGUGGAAAGAAGAGCUUGAUGAAGUGUUGCAUAGACGAGGUGGUCCUAAUGGAUUCAGCUUUGUUGUUUGGAAGGUGAACAAAUAUGUGGAAGAUGGUUUGAUGUAUGUUGCUCAAAACUUUGUUGCGACAUCACCAGCAUCAUACAGUAAAAGCAAGCUGAGGGAUCUGUGGUGCAGAAUAGUUGUUUUGAAAGUAACUUUCAUUUUGCUGGAAGUUUGAUUCGACAGUUUUUGUAGUGAUUUGAAGUUUCUUCUAAUAGUAAUGGUUGAAGUGAAAGAUAUGUUCCAAUUUAGUUUGUAAAACUAGUAGUACACUUUAUGAUACAUUUUUGUGUUUAUGAGGUAUUUUGUUAUUACUUAAUGCUAAUAAGCACUUUUAGGUUUGACUA